GCGGUGUGUGUAUGUGUGCGAGUGUGUAUGUGUGUGUGUGACUUUGCAGCAGCAGCACUGGAGGGCUGAGCAGUUGUUAAAGGCUUGGGAGCGCUGCCCCGAUGCAACACGGCCUGCUGCGGUAGUGCGAUGACGGACAACUCAGGGGGCUGAUGUUGUUUUUUCUUUUUUGUACUUCCGCACACACGCCGAUGAGCAAUGGCACCUCCGGCCGUACUCGUCCUCACCACCUUGCUCUACAUGGCCCUGCCGAAAGAAUCUUUGCAAGGACCCCAUGAACGACGAUUGCUCAAUGAUCUCCUGAACGCUUACAAUACCUUGGAGCGGCCUGUGGCCAACGAGUCGGAGCCACUCGAGGUCAAGUUCGGACUCACCUUGCAACAGAUAAUUGACGUGGACGAGAAGAAUCAGCUUCUUAUCACAAAUAUUUGGCUUUCUUUGGAAUGGAACGACUACAAUCUGCGCUGGAACGAGAGCGAGUACGGCGGCGUGAAGGACCUGCGGAUUACUCCGACCAAGCUGUGGAAACCGGACGUGCUCAUGUACAACAGUGCGGAUGAGGGUUUCGACGGGACAUACCACACUAAUGUGGUGGUCAGGAAUAACGGUAGCUGCUUGUACGUACCUCCGGGCAUCUUCAAGAGCACAUGCAAGAUAGACAUUACUUGGUUCCCCUUUGAUGACCAACAUUGUGAUAUGAAGUUUGGUAGCUGGACCUAUGAUGGAAAUCAGCUUGACCUAGUGCUUAAAUCAGAAGAUGGCGGUGACUUGUCCGAUUUUAUCACCAACGGCGAGUGGCAUCUUAUAGCGAUGCCGGGCAAGAAGAACACGAUCGUGUACCAAUGCUGCCCAGAGCCGUACGUCGACAUCACCUUCACCAUCCAGAUCCGCAGACGCACCCUCUACUAUUUCUUCAACCUGAUCGUGCCGUGCGUGCUCAUCUCGUCGAUGGCCCUGCUGGGCUUCACACUGCCGCCUGAGUCUGGGGAGAAGCUCACCCUAGGGGUCACCAUACUUCUUUCUUUAACUGUUUUUCUCAACUUAGUUGCUGAAAAGAUGCCGUCCACAUCUGAUGCUGUUCCUUUGAUAGGAGUCACCAUCUUACUUUCGCUGACUGUGUUCUUGAAUCUGGUAGCUGAGACACUACCCCAAGUCUCCGAUGCCAUACCCUUGUUAGGCACCUACUUCAACUGCAUCAUGUUCAUGGUGGCCUCUUCCGUGGUGCUCACUGUAGUGGUUCUCAAUUACCACCACCGUACAGCCGAUAUUCAUGAAAUGCCUCAAUGGGUGAAGACUGUGCUACUACAUUGGUUCCCGUGGUUCCUGCGAAUGAGCCGGCCCGGGAAGAAGAUCACGCUGCGUACAAUCAAGAUGCACAAACGAAAGAAAGAGCUUGAACUGAAAGACCGCUCGUGCAAGAGCCUUCUGACGAACGUGCUCGAGUUGGACGACGACUUCCGCCAAAUCAGCGGCCCGUCGUGCGGCGCCUACUUGCGCGGCAUGUCCGCGUCCACGCUGGACGACACGGUGGCGCACGUGGGCGGCAGCGCUUGCUCGGCGUCGCAGCGCGAGCUGCAGCUCAUUUUGCGCGAGCUGCAGUUCAUCACGGGGCGAAUGCGGCAGGCCGACGAGAAGGCCGACCUCAUUAGUGAUUGGAAGUUCGCGGCGAUGGUGGUGGACCGCUUUUGUUUGAUAAUCUUCACCAUGUUCACGGUUGUAGCCACGGUUGCAGUCCUCCUAUCGGCGCCGCACAUCAUCGUCGAGUGAACGGCGCCCAGGCGGUGCCCCCCAACAAUCCCCUAUGCCAAAAAACAUACACACGCAAAAAUCAUAUGCAUACACACACACACAAAUGAAAAAAAAAUACACACUCUCGCGCCAGCGACUUUGUUAUUGAGAUUGAUUGAUCGAUUUGUAUAAAUCAUGUCAGCAUACAUACAUAUUGUUCCAUACUCUCUCUUCACACGGCACACAUGCACACACGCACACAGCGGCGUAAUAUGUUUGUUAUAUUCUGUGCUGCAUAACCGUCAGGGGCUUUGGAGGUUUGGAAAUUACGUUUGUCACACAGUUACUGCCCGGCAGAGAUUGAUAUCAUUUGGUCAUUGGACCAUUUUCCGCUAUACUGGACUGAGCAAUUUUUGGUUGGGAAAUAUUGACUUUUUAUAUUAUAUUAUUUGGCAUUUUUGCGCUAUGCAAAAAGCCUCAAAAUUUCAAUUUAAUUAUUGAGAAAAAAAAUUAAAAAAUCCAAACUUUUUUAAAUGAGAUAAAUUCAAACUCCAAACUCUAUGAUUAUGUGGCUGCUCUAAUUAAAAAAAGGCUGUAUAUAUUUAAGUAUGAGAAAUUUUGCACUUUAAAAACUCAAUUUGAAUUUUAUCUUUGAUAAAUUCCAAAUAGUUUUGAAGCUCAAAUAAUUCUACCAAUAAGAUUUUCUUGUAUCACUUUUAGUGACUGUAUCUUGAUAUUGUUUGGCUGGAUAUUUUUUCCCUCAUAUAAUUGAUAUUAAAGUGCAACAUUUUCUGAAAAAUUUUAUUUAUUCUUUUCUUAAACGCUGAUGAGCAGAGUUGUGUGUCAUGUCAUAGCCAAACUGUCUUUGAUUGGCUUGUAAUUGGUGGAUUUAAAGUGUGACAAAAACAUUAUUUAUUAAUGCAUUGUUCAAUCAUUAGAGUUGGACACUUAUGAAAACCAGAACACAAUCAAAUAACGAAAUUUUUAUCCUGAAUUAUUAACUACACUGGUUGUUCAUUGUUACCAACAUGUAUGUGAAAAAAGUUUAAGUACAAGAGGACUUUCACCAAGAAGAAUCUUGAUCGCAGAUUUUUAUAUAUGAAAAACAUAAUGAUUGGCUUUAAUGAUUUUUGCUUAUUGUUGAUUGUAUAUGUUGUAUAAGAGCAAAUUUGUUUGCAAAAAAAAAAAAAAUAGAAAAUAGUAAAAACGCCCAUCUUUAGUGCGAAAAUAUGUUGACUUGUGUGUUGUCUAAAUAAAAAAAAAUGAAUCAAUAACGCAAGAAAAAUUCAGGCUAAAAACCACAAAAUAAUUUCAAAAAGUAUAUAAAAACUAAAA